UCCUGCUUUCUUUCUUUCUUCCUUUCUCUCUACCUAUUCCCGCAACCUCACGCCCAUAUUUUGGUCUCCCUUGUUGUCUGCGCGUCUUCUUAGUGUUGCAGUGCUACUUGCUUUCCUGCUUACAUCUGGCGCAUCCUUUUGCUCUCGGAGUUUCUCGAGUUUGCCUGUCGAAUCUGUCGCUUUGGCUGUGAUUUGGCCCCCAUUUAAACCACUGCGCAUUUGAUCCGACUUCACAUAUUCACUCACAUUCGAUUCUCCAAGAACCAUUCGUACCGCUUCCGCACCUUGCACCCUUUCAAGAUCGCUCUUAGGGAUAUUGUUCUCUGCACUAAAAGCUGUUGAACUUUGAUCAUAAUACUUUCAAUACUUCGGUGCGAAACAUCUUUCGUGACCUCUCACAUUCAAUUCACCUUUGAAAUUUGCAACAUUUGAAUUCGUCAGUUCGAUCUUUCGGGUUUCAUCAUGUCUUUCGAAGGUUACGGUCAAUUCCCGAACGCCCAACAAGAUGGCGCGCCCGGAUCAGUGCCUCCUCCACAGGAUGGAGCUGCUCCAGGCCAGUCGGCCGAUCCCUCAGCUCAGCAACAAAUCGGUUUCCAGCCUCCCAACGUGAGCGGCACUCCUCAAUCUGGCCCCGGGGCUGAAGGAAAAACCACUCUCUGGAUGGGCGAGCUCGAACCAUGGGUUGAUGAAAACUUCAUCCGAAAUCUUUGGUUCCAGAUGGGUGAGCAGGUCAGUGUCAAGAUGAUCCGCGACAAGUUUUCAGGUAGCAACGCCGGUUAUUGCUUUGUCGAUUUCUCCACCCCACAGGCUGCUGCCAAAGCCCUCCAACUCAGCGGACAACCCAUGCCCAAUUCCAACCGCCCUUUCAAACUCAAUUGGGCUUCGGGUGGCGGUUUGGCCGAUCGACGUGACGACCGUGGUCCAGAGUUCUCAAUUUUCGUUGGCGACUUGGGCCCGGAAGUGAACGAGUAUGUCCUCGUCUCUCUAUUCCAGAGCCGCUUCCCUUCCUGCAAGUCGGCAAAGAUCAUGACCGAUCCACUCUCUGGCAUGUCUCGUGGCUACGGCUUCGUCCGCUUUUCCGACGAAAGUGACCAGCAACGCGCUUUGACUGAAAUGCAAGGUGUCUACUGCGGCAACCGCCCCAUGCGCAUCUCGACUGCCACGCCAAAGAACAAGGGAGGACCGAUGGGUGGUGGUGGUGGUGGUGGCAUGGGUGGCAUGCCCGGCGCUGGUCCCAUGGGCUAUCCACCAAUGGGAGGACCACCGAUGCCGUACUACGGUGGCCAGCAAUCAAUUCAGCCUAUGAACCAAUUCACCGAUCCCAACAACACGACCGUCUUCGUUGGAGGUCUCUCGGGCUACGUUACCGAGGAUGAGCUGCGCUCUUUCUUCCAAGGCUUUGGCGAGAUUACAUACGUCAAGAUUCCACCUGGAAAGGGCUGUGGCUUUGUCCAAUUCGUCCAACGCCAUGCCGCUGAGAUGGCUAUCAACCAGAUGCAGGGCUAUCCUAUUGGGAACUCGCGCGUCCGUCUCAGCUGGGGCCGAAGCCAGAACAAUUCGGGACCGGCCGGCACACCAUACCGCCCUGCACCGCCUCCGCCCAUCUACCCUUCAAUGGGCAUGCCUCCUGCUCACUCGUACGGCAACUAUGCGCCGAUGAAGGUUGGUUAAACCUACCUCGUUGAUGUAUAACAGGCUGACGUGCGGGAUCUAGUGAACAUUGAGCAUGUUGGCACUCCAGGCGUUCGUCCAUUCUUCCUCUUCCGUUUGGAGCGGGAAAAUACGGUUUCUUUUGUCGUUGUGAGCAGUGCAAUCACUUUAGCGUCAUUAGUUGGUAUGGGAGGGUGUUUGUCAACAAAAGUUCUAUUCUAUUUCGUUUCACGAUGACCCCUUACCAUCAUCAUUCUGCUGGAUGGUUUGUUGGCUGUGUACAACAAGAACAUGGCGAUUGACUUUUUGGUUGAGAGCGACGAUACCGACGCAUGACAAGCACGUUGUGUCCUUUGGAAGCAAUUGUCGGCAAGGAAUAGGAGCAUGGACGGAUCCUCAAGAUUGCAAUCGGUGAUGAUAGUCAGCUAGACUGACCAAGACGAUGUUUUCUUUUUUGUCUCACAUACAUGGACCGCGUAGGUCUCGGGCUUCGAGCUCAACGAUGUUGACGAAAAGUCUCCCUAUUCCCAUGAAGGGAAUCAGGUACUACGUACACACGAAUACGAACAGUACUAAACGGACGUGUUGA